AUGACUUCAUCUCAACAACAAAUUGAUCAAUUGAUUCAAAAGCUAUAUAGUAAUGACAACGAAAUUAAAGUACAAACAUUAAAAGAAAUAGAUGGUGUUAUUACAACACAUUGGGCAGAAAUAUCAGAAGAACUUCCUAAAUUAAUUGAAUUGAGUGAAACAAUAGAAGGAAUAGGAAAACAAUAUGCAUAUCUUGUUAUUAGUAAAUCAUACUUUUAUAUUGAAAGUUAUGAUGAAGCAGUUAAUUAUGCAUUAAAAGCAAAUGAAUUAUUCAAAUUUGAAGGAAAUGAUAAUUAUAGUGUAAAAAUGAUUACACAUUUAAUAGAUAUGUAUAUUAAAGAACGAAGACAAAAGAAAGAAAUUGACAAAUUAAUGGAAGAAAAAAUGAAUAAAUUCUUUAAAGAAGCUAUUGAGAAAGAAGAAGAGUAUUUAACAAUUGGAAUUGCAAUAGAUUGUAGAAGAGUUGAUGUUAUUAAAGAGAUAUUAAGAAAAACUAAAGAGAAAGAAGAAAUAAUAGAAUAUCUUAAGAAAAUAACUAAUAGUUCAAAUGUUGAUUAUUCAUUAAAAAAUGAAAUUAUGGAAAUUAUUUCAGAAAGUCUUAAUGAAAAUAGUCAAGUUGAUUUAGAAAGUAUAAGUGAAUGUUGGGUAAAAAAGAAUGAUGGAGAUGGAUUUAUGAAAAUGUUUAAUCAAUUAAGUGAAGAAAUGAAAAAACAAGUAUUACUUGAUUAUGAAGGAAUUCCACAAAAAUUUAGAGAAGAAUUAAUAAGUAAAUUACCAGAGAAAUAUCAUAAAUAUAUUGAUGGAAAAAUUCAAGAAAAAUUAUAUUUAGACUUUUUAUUCUCUAGAGAUAAAACUGAUAAUUUAUUAUUAAAUAAUAUUAAAUCAUCAAAUUGUAUUAAAAGUAGUGUAAUUCAAACAGCAGUAUUAUAUGCUAAUGCAUUUAUGCAUUAUGGAACAACUAAUAUUAUGUUUUUAAAAGAUAAUAAUGAUUGGAUUAUUAAUGCAAGUAAUUGGGGAAAAUUUGCUACUACAGCUUCACUUGGAGUUUUAUUUAAAGGAAGAGAAAAUGAAGCAAUUAAUUUAAUGUCACCAUAUACAGCUAAUGGAACAGGAGGAAAAAGUGUUUAUGCACAAUCAGGAAGAUUAUAUGCAUUAGGACUUAUAUUUGGAGGACAUGGAAAAGAAAUUUUAACAAUAAUAAAUGAAGAUUUAAAACAAUCAAAAAGUAGUAAAAAUGAAGUUCUUCAACAUGGAGCAUGUUUAGGAGUUGGAUUAGCUGGAAUUGCAACAGAAAAUUAUGAAUUAUAUCAAGAAAUUAAAGAAAUAUUAAUUAAUAAUGAUAGUGCAGUAGCAGGAAUGACAGCAGGAUUAGCACUUGGAUUAAUAAUGAUGGGAACAGGGAAUUUAGAAGUUGCACAAGAAAUGCUUACAUAUUGUCAUGAAACAGAACAUGACAAAAUUAUUAGAGGAACUAGUGUUGGAAUAGGAUUAGUAAUGUUUGGAAUGCAAGAUAAAGCUGAUGAAAUUAUAGAAUUAAUGAUUAAUGAUACUAAUAAUGUAUUAAGAUAUGGAGGAAUGUAUACAAUUGGAUUAGCAUAUUGUGGAACUUCUAAUGAAAAAGCUAUUAGUAAAUUAUUACAUUUUGCAGUCACAGAUAGAAGUGAUGAAGUUAAAAGAACAGCAGUAUUAGUACUUGGAUUUAUUUUAAAUAAAAGAUUAGAUGAAUUAUGUAAAAUAAUUUUAUUAAUAAUUGAUUCAUAUAAUCCACAUGUUAGAUAUGGAGCUGCACUUGCAUUAGGUAUUGCAGGAUGUGCAUCAAAUAAUAGUACAGUUAUUGGAUUACUUGAACCAUUAUUAAAAGAUCCAAAUGAUUUUGUAAAACAAGGAGCUGCUAUUGCACUUGGAAUGGUUUUAAUGGAAACAUCAAUUAAAGAAAAUAAUAAAAUUGAAACAUUUAUUAAAGAUUUACAAAAUAAAAUAUCAUUUAAAGGUGAAGGAAUGUUAACUCAAUUUGGAAGUAUUCUUGGAUUAGGAAUUGUUAAUGCUGGAGGUAGAAAUUGUACUAUUUCAAUGUAUAAUAAUUUAGGUACAUUUAAUUUAAAAGCAGUUGCAGGAUUAGUAUUAUUUAAUCAAUAUUGGUAUUGGUAUCCAUUUACUUUAUGUCUUUCAUUAUCAUUUAUUCCAACAACAAUUAUUGGAGUUACAGAAGAUUUACAGUAUAUUGAAUCAUAUCAAUAUAUUUCUAAUGCACCAUCAGAUCAAUUUGAUUAUUUACCAAUAACUAAACCACCAACAAAAACUGGACAUACAAAAAUGAAUCAAACUAAAUUAUCUUAUGGAAAUAAACAAACUGGACAAUCACUUAAUUUGUCUUCUAGUCUUUUAAUUAGUGAAAAAAUUACAAAUGAAAUUAUUCCUGAAGAAAAGAAAAUGGAAGAAGAACCAAUUCAAAUACAACCAUUUGUUACUUUACAAAAUGGAAGCAGAGUUACUCCUCGUCAACUUGAGUUUAUUACUGAGAUAAAAGGUAGUAGAUUUGUUGGAGUUAAAAAACCAGGAAGAGGUAUUUUAAUUUUAAAAGAUACCCAACCUCAAAUGGAAGAAGAAAACUCAGGAAUUAUUAAAGACCAAGGAAUUGAAAUGACAGAUGAACAUAAAGCACUUGCUGAUGCCUUAUUAUCCAAUAACAAUGAACCAAAACCACCAGAACCAUUUGAAUGGAACUUUUAA